AUGGUAUGCAGAGCCGGCGCGAUGGGGACCAACAGACUAUACGACCCCGUUGAAGGUCUCAGACGGCGUGAACGGCUGCACUGGCGAGGACAGAGAUGUCGCCGAAGCCUCCAUCCAUGA